AUGGGUGCAGGAUCCCAGGUCGCUUCAUUUUGUCUUCGCAUUGGCGAGGUCAUCAGCGCUGCAAUUGUAGCCGGUAUACUUGGCUACUACCUACAUCUACUUGACGAUGCGAACGCUCACGCCAAUGGCCGAAUCAUAUAUGCGCAAGUUAUUGCCGGCAUCAGCAUCCUUGCCGCCCUCAUCUUCAUGCCUCCACUGAAAUACUCUUUCUGGGCGUGGCCCUUGGACUUUGCCCUGUUUAUAUGCUGGAUCGUCGCCUUUGGAUUAUUGGUUGAUCUCACAUCAUCGGGAGGAUGUAAUUCCAGGUGGUACUGGAGUAGCUGGGGCUACUACUGGGGACACUGGUAUCGCGUGGUUCCCAUCACCAGUGCAAACAGAGCCCUCAUUGGCACCGCCAAUUGUGCAACUUGGAGGACAAGCAACGCCUUUAUCUUCAUAUCAGCUUUCCUCUUCCUUGGGAGUGGCCUCUGCGGUCUGUACGUGUGCACAAGAGAUCGCCAUGUUCAUAAAGAAGAGGUGGUCAGGCCCGAAGUCCGGUAA